GAGAUUUGCAACCGAUCAGUAAGGAUGUUGUCAAAGCCAUGGGGUUCCAACAAAAUACAUAAGGCAAUGGAAAGAGCUUCAACAGCAGCAGCUGGAGUUCAGCAGAUUGUAAAGAGAUUGAACAAGGUCUCGGAUGUGAAGAGAGUAUCGCAAGCACACAUUCACAAAAGCGUGACAGAAGAUGAAGUGUUGACAGUGCAGGACCUGAGGAAGAUCAAACAAUUUGAGAGAAAGCCAGGAAAGCCACUUUGA